GAUGUUUCCUUUUCGUCAACUCCAAAAAAAUCUAUAUAUACAAACCCUGCGAAUGUUGCAGAGGCAUCACAGCUCCACAAUUCGAAGAAACAAGAUGAAAAUGGGAGUUUCCAGAAGUCACGGUCUGGUUUGGGUUUCAAUGGCGUUGGUGGCGGCAUUUGUGGUGCAGGGAAAUUUCAACAGAGACGCGGACAUCACUUGGGGCGACGGCCGCGCCAAAGUCGUCGACGGCGGCCGUGGCCUGAGCCUCUCCUUGGACCAGUAUUCCGGCUCCGGUUUCCAGUCGAAGAAUUUCUACUUGUUUGGGAGAUUCGACAUGCACAUGAAACUCGUUCCCGGCAACUCAGCCGGCACCGUCACCACAUUCUUCUUGGCCUCUGAAGGUCCGAGUCACGACGAGAUCGAUUUCGAGUUUUUGGGGAAUUCCACCGGCGAGCCCUACACGGUUCACACAAAUGUGUACUCGCAGGGGAAGGGCGACAAGGAGCAGCAGUUCCGCCUCUGGUUCGACCCCUCCGCCGCCUUCCACAAAUACACCAUCGUCUGGAACCCUAGCCGCAUCAUAUUCCUGGUGGACGAGAUUCCGGUGAGAGUGUUCAACAACGACGGGGCGUCGGGGGUGCCGUUCCCGACGAGCAAGCCGAUGAGGAUCAUCUGCAGCCUGUGGAGCGCCGACGACUGGGCGACGCAGGGCGGGAGGGUGAAGACGGAUUGGAGCAAAGCUCCGUUCACGGCUCACUACAGGAACAUCAAAAUCAGCGGCAGGCCGUGCGCCUACGCGGCGGCGUGUGGAUCGGGGAAUGACAGCUUCAGCAACGAGGCGUGGCAGACGCAGGGGCUCGACGCCAAUGGCAGAAACAGAGUGAGAUGGGUGCAGCAGAAGCAUAUGAUCUACAAUUACUGCACUGAUCGUCCCAGGUUCCCGCAGGGAACACCGGUUGAAUGCAAGCGAUCCAGAUUUUGAUCCAUUUCCUAAAUGGAUUUUCCUUGAGAGUUUCCUGUCUUCAUCGUCUAUUCUUUCAUUCCUUUCUCUUUAUUCUGUAAUCUAUUUGAAAUUCAAACAUUUGUCAAUGGUCAUUACAUAAAGAGGUCGACUUGGGUGCAACCAGUUGCAUGGUGCAACCGGAUUGCACCCAACCCGGUUUUUUCAGAAAUAAUAUAUUAUUAGCAUUUUAUUCGGUACAAAA